UUGCUAGGCAGCGACGGUGACGUCAGGGGGCGCAGUGACCGGUUUUCAGCGCUGAAUGUGGUUCCGCUUGCUGCUAUCCGGGCGGAUUAGGCUCCGCCCUCUGCUGGGCGUUCUCUCCUGUCGGAGCCAGACAUGUAUAGCUCCAACCAUGAGCCGGGCCCGAUCCUCCGAAGACGGGCCCUGGACAAUGGCCCCUGUGAAGACCUCAGCAGCCUCUUCUGAUCUCCAGGAGUUUUCCAGCUUCUUUGAGAGGAUUGUGCAGGACCUGACAGCGGAGGAAUGGGGGCACCCGGAGAUUGGGGAUGCAGUCUCCCGCAUGCGAGAGGUCCUGGAGUACAAUGCUCCUGGUGGAAAGUGUAAUCGGGGAAUGACUGUUUUGGCCUCUGUCCGGGAGCUGUUACCGCCGGCGCAGCAGGAUGUGGAGACCAUAGAGAGGGCCCUGGUUGUGGGCUGGUGUGUGGAGCUGCUGCAGGCGUUUUUCCUUGUGGCCGAUGACAUUAUGGAUAAUUCUACAACCCGUCGUGGACAUCCUUGCUGGUACAAGAAGGAGGGCAUCGGCCUAGAUGCAAUCAAUGACGCAUUCCUUCUUGAAUCAUGUAUAUAUCGGCUCCUGAGGAAGCACUGCCGCGGACAGUCCUAUUACCUGAACCUGCUGGAGCUGUUCCUGGAGACCUCGUACCAGACUGAGAUUGGACAGGCACUAGAUCUAAUCACCGCUCAGCCAGGGAAGGUGGAUCUAGCCCGGUACACAGAGACCAGGUAUAAAUCCAUUGUGAAAUACAAGACUGCUUUCUAUUCCUUCUACCUGCCCGUCGCUGCUGCCAUGUUUAUGGCUGGGAUAGACCAGGAGGAGGAUCACAGAAAUGCUAAAACAAUCCUGUUGGAAAUGGGGGAAUUCUUCCAGAUACAGGAUGAUUACCUGGACUGUUACGGAGACCCCAGCGUUACUGGGAAGAUUGGAACAGACAUCCAGGACAACAAGUGUGGGUGGCUGGUGGUAGAGGCACUAAAGAGGGUGACUCCUGAGCAGAGGAGACUCCUGGAGGAAAACUACGGCCGUGACGAUGCGGACAAGGUGCAGCUGGUAAAGCAGCUGUUCGAGGAUCUUGACCUGUCCACUGUGUACAGACAAUAUGAAGAAGAGAGUUACCAGAGACUGCAGAUUCUCAUCUCCCAGCAUGCAAAUGGGCUGUCCAAGGAGAUCUUCCUGGGCCUGGCACGCAAGAUUUACAAGAGGCAGAAAUAAAUGUGUGCUGACUGUAUAUGUAGGGCCACAGCGGAUUCCUGGAGCCUGGAAUGUUGCUCAUAUACUGAUCUUUCUCCCCCUGGUGUAUGCAGUCCUGUACAGGAACAGAGCUGGUCUCCUCUCCAUACAUACGCUGGAAGCAGCGCCCCCUGCUGCACAGUUGUAGGAUUACUUAUUCUCAGGACAGCUUGCAGUUAGUCCCUUAUUACCCUUCCCCAGUUGGUGAUAAUACGAUGCUUCUGGUACCAGUGAGCUGUUUUCUGCUUCCUUGCGUGUUGUAUGGGAAUCUUUGCACCUGGGAACCUCUGGUCCCUCAUCCUGUGGCACUGAUGAGGCAGAAUGAGCUACCGGGGACUGUUGGUGCUGGUAACGGAGACAGGCUGUAUCACCGUCAUUCAUGCCUGUAACCUUUGUGUUCUUAUAUCUCCCUGAUGACUGAGUAACCGUAUUAUACAUUGACCGUAUAGGGUGAUUCCCUCCCGGGAACCUCUUACUGAUGCUGCUUAAUAAACGGUUCAUACAA